CUAUUUCCGGUUCACCAUUUCACGGAAGACACUACAGCAUCCUGGAUACAGGGAAGCAGGAAAGCUGUUCGUUUAAAUAGACAUGUUCGUAGUUCUUGAAGAGUUGUUUAGAAGUUCGGUUUACAUCUGAUUUACGGGUAAUUGGCGUUUACGCUCAGUGUAUUCUGUGAAUAAAGCCCCUUUCCAGCUGGAUUACAGCAGUGUGUGUAUAUAUGUGUGUGAGUGAGUAUGAGUGGGUCGGAGGUGUUUCAUGAGAAGCAGAGGUUGGAGCUGUGUGCUAUUCACGCCCUGAAUAACGUGCUGCAGGAGAGAGUAUUUACCAAGGAGGGAGCCGACGACAUCUGCAAGCGUCUUGCUCCCCAGUGUGUGGUAAACCCGCACCGCUCCGUGCUGGGUACGGGGAACUAUGACGUGAAUGUGAUUAUGGCGGCUCUCCAGAGUCGUGAAUUGGCUGCAGUGUGGUGGGACAAACGUAGGUCAGUGCAUAGUCUGUGUCUGGAGAAGGUGCAGGGUUUUAUUUUGAACGUCCCGUCACGGGUGUCGCUCGGGAUCGUGUCCCUCCCACUGAGACGUAGGCACUGGCUAGCAGUUCGGCAGGUCAAUGGGCAAUACUACAACCUGGACUCUAAGCUUAAGAGUCCUGUCUGGAUCGGAGGAGAAACAGAACUUAGGCAGUUUCUCGGUGAGCAGUUGUCUCAGGAUGUUGCUGAGAUGCUUCUUGUAGUCCAACGAGAAGUAGAGGAGGACGGAACAUGGCUUAUUUCAGAUGACCGGGAGAACUGAAAUCUCAGGAAGUUCACUCAGACUGUUUAUGCACAAUGCAAAAUGUAUUGGUUUUUAUUUUUAAACAGGACAGUCCUGUGCAGAGUUGCACUACCAAAGAGGAAGUAAGCACUCCCAGAUGGUCACACUUACACACAGAGAUGAAUUGAAUGGUUAAUAUAAGACACAUUUCUGCUGUAAAGGAUUUUUUUUUUUUUUUUUUUUUUU